UCUUUCCCUUUUUUUUUCCCCUCUUUCUUUGAGUUUUUUUCUUCCCUAAUAAAUGGUGUGGCUCCCUUCACUCCCUUAAACGUUCAGACCACAAGAAGUAGCCAUGCAAGACGAUACGGCUAUGGUUCGUUUGAAGGGCUCGUGCACAAUCAAACCGGCCAAGCCCACACCGAACCACCGAAUAUGGCUCUCGGACCUUGAUCUGAUAUCGCCUACAACGCAUGCUCCGACCGUCUACUUCUAUCAGCCGACCGAUGCUGCAAUCGACUUCUUCUCCCCUGAGUUCAUGAUGGAUUCACUGAGCAGAGCCUUAGUGAAGUACUACCCUCUUGCAGGCCGGUUGCACCCAGGCCCCAGUGACCGACUUGAGCUCGAGUGCAAUGCAACGGGGGUUCUGUUUGUAGAAGCUGAGUCGGAUGCUCAGAUAGAUGAUUUUGGUGACUUCAAGCCAGGCCCAGGCCUCAGAGAACUUGUUCCCAACAUCGACUACAACACCAACAUUGGCGAAUGGCCGUUGCUGUUGGUUCAACUCACCUUCUUCCGUUGUGGAGGCAUCUGCAUGGGGAUGGGCAUUAGCCACACGGUCGCCGAUGGGAUUGCCGCAUUGCAAUUCAUCUCAGAAUGGGCGAGGAUUGCACGUGGCGACGCACAUGUGGGCAUUGAUCCGUUCUUCGACCGGACAAUCUUGCGGGCCCGGGACCCUCCUGCUCCCCCGGCUUUCAAACAUGAGGAGUACGACCUCCCACCGCUCAUGAUGGGCCAUGUAGACGAUCAUGAGGCACGGAGCAAGGAGACAACGGUCGAGAUGCUGAGGCUGACACGUGAACAAGUGAAUAAGAUCAGGCAACAAGCGACCGGGUGCAGCCGGUACCAGUCGGUGGCGGGUCACGUGUGGAGAGCUGCGUGCAAGGCUCGUGGGCUCCACCAUGAUCAGCCAACGAAGAUGUUCGUUCCCAUUAAUGGCCGCGGACGGUUGAAUCCUCGGCUGCCUGAUGGUUACUUUGGUAACGUUGUGUUCGUAACGACACCGGCCGGGCGGUGCAGCGAUCUCGUGUUGAACCCACUGAGUCACUCGGCGAGUCGCGUGAAAGAAGCAGUGGAGAUGAUGAAGGACGAUUACCUGAGGUCAGCGCUUGACUUUUUUGCCACUCAUAGGGAUCUGACUCUGUUUCGUCGUGGGUCCCACACGCUGGGCUGUCGCCAAGGGAGGUUCUACGGCUGCCCCAACAUCAACAUCACUAGCUGGAUAGGGAUGCCAAUGUACGAUGCUGAUUUCGGGUGGGGCCCACCUAUCCACAUGGGCCCCGCGGCUUUGGGCUUCGAAGGGAAGGGUUUCCUGAUGCCAACGCGAGAAGGGGACGGGAGCGUGGUACUCGCGAUCCGCCUGCAGGUGGCUCAUAUGAAGACUUUCAAGGACUCCUUCUAUGAUGGUUUAUAAGAGAUUGCUGGUGCCGUUCCGAUCAUGGGUCAUUUUGGUUUAGGCAGCUUAUUUUGGUUUAUGCUUAUUCACUAGAUAAAAGAAUAUUUGGAAAACAACAUGCUUAUCAUCCUAAGAGCAUAAGAGUAAUAAAGUUUGUUUAAUUUCUCACAUUAUAUAACUAAAUAUUUAAUUAAAAAAAAUUACAAAAAAUACUACAUAAUUAAUACAAAAUUUAAUUUCAUACCA